UGGGCAGGGAGGUGUGGCAUUUUUUGUGUCUAUUUGAAUUGCAAUAACAUUUUCAAUGCCUUGCAGUCCCUCAAUUGUCUUUUGUGACAUCCCCUCCAAACAGGGUUAGACCUACCAAACGCAAAACAGUGGUUCAGAAGAUUGGUCAGGGUUCUAAGGAAGGAGAGGAAAGAAUAAGCACCCAUUUAUUUCUUUUUCUUCCAUACACAGUUCUCUAAUGCUGAAAAAAAACCACCUCCUGCGUGCCCACAACCUUCCUUGGAAGAAUUCAGGUUUUUCACUUUGAAGACCUGGUCUCUCUCGCUUAGUGGUUUAAGUAUCCAGUUUAAUAUCUGAACUCCCCAGGACCAUAAAUUCAAACACCUGCUGAGCUGGUUCUCCUCUUCAUCUUUCUCUGAUGAUGCAUUCCAUACCAUGUAGUUUAGUGCAUGUAAAUUAGAUUUUAAAAGCCAAGAUCCUUUCUACUCUAUGUGAAUAUUAAAGAUCCUAGAGCACUUUUCAUAAGCAGAGGUGUUUGUCCUCAUGUCUUGCUCAAAAUUUCCCUUCCCUUCACACUUGUAUGAUGCAGUGGCUGCAUUUCAGUGGUACUGUGGGUAAAGUUUGUAAAGUGCUUUGGGAUCCUUUCGGUCUAAGGGCACUGUGCCUAUCUUUAAUUAUAUUAAGCUUAGCCCUUGAGACCGGUAUUAAUCAUAAGUUUGUUUUAAAUAGGUCUUAAUUUCAUUAAAAUUAUGUUUAAAUCACUGACUUUUUAAUGUAUUAAUCCUGCUCUCAGGACCCAUUUCCAUAUAUUAUGUAUAUGUACCCCAAUAAUUGGACCCUUGUUUUUAAAAAGCAGAUUAAUUGGGGAACUAAGUCUUGUAAAUAUGUUUUAUACUUGUCUGCCAUUACAUUGCACAAUCCAUUAUAUAAAUAAUAAAAAGCCUUAUAAUACUACUUUGUUAUAUAGUUAUAGCAGAUGACUCGGCCUUUCUUUUUUAGAUCAAAGUUUCAAUUGGAUUGCAUUAUGCUGUAGUAUUUAGUCACCCCAUGUUUUAAUAAAUCAAAACAGUUCUGAGUAACAGAAAUAUUUAUAGUCAUGAAUUAUUUUAUAUUACAUUUGUAUGAUUUUAUUUCUCUUUGAAAAUGAAAAGCUAGGGAGGUGUACAGCUGUAGCUCAGCUACAGGCAAUUGAAAUAAUUACCAACUGUUCCUUUCAUCUGUGUUACUGUAAUCUGUCUCCAGUAGGAUGUAGCUACAGAGUAUCUGAGGAGAAUUUCCAUCAUGUGAAUGGCUAAUUACAUUCUGGGCUAUAGAUUAUAGACAAAUAUAUUGUUAGGUAUUAAUAGUAUUUGAAUGUCCAUUUUUCCACAAAGUUGGUCAAAUGAAAUAAAUACUUAUGAUCUGUAUUUCAUGUAUGUUUCAUAAGACUUCAAUUUACAGACAAUCACCAGGCUCUGUACUCACUACAGUCCUGUAUCAAGACAUGGAUUGGGACCAGUUUGACAUGAACCCCAAAGUGAUAGCUGCUGUUAAGAAAGCUAACAUAAAAUCCAUAAAAGAGAUUUUGAAUCUUUCUGGAGCAGACUUGCAAAGGCUGACAAAACUGUCCAGUAUGGAUGUACAGUGCUUACUGAAAACAGUCUCUGGUACACUGAGGAAAAGCUGUGUGCUUACAGCACUUCAGCUGUACCAAGACAAAGAUCACUGCACAUCCCAACACCAGAAACUAAGCCUGGGUUGCUCAGUACUAGAUAGCUUGUUAAGAGGUGGCAUUCCUGUGGUGGGGAUCACAGAGCUUGCUGGUGAGAGCUCUGCUGGGAAGACUCAGAUUAGUUUGCAGCUGUGCCUUUCUGUGCAGUAUCCUUAUGAAUAUGGAGGAUUAGAAUCUGGUGCUGUCUACAUUUGCACAGAAGAUGUUUUCCCAAAUAAACGCUUGCAGCAACUGAUUGAUCAACAACCUACAUUUAGGGCAGAUGUUCCACCUGAUGUCAUACAGAGAAUAAAAUUUGGAAACAGUGUUUUCAUUGAGCAUGCCGCAGACCUUGACACCUUCUACAACUGCAUUGCUAAAAGGAUUACCUUACUGCUCUUGAGAGGCAUGGUGCGUUUGGUGGUCAUUGAUUCUAUGGCUGCUUUGUUUCGAUGUGAAUUUGGAGCAAAAGAUUCCGUUAUGAAAGCCAGAUAUCUGCAGACAUUUGGAGCAAAACUUCACAGUUUAAGCAGUCGAUUCAGAACUCCAAUACUGUGCAUUAAUCAGGUAACUGAUGCAGUGGAUGAGACAGAUGUUGCUCAGAGCAAUUUUGGCUUAUUGGAUAAGAAAGUUUCUCCAGCACUUGGGCUAACCUGGUCCAAUCAACUGUUGAUGAGAUUGAUGGCCAGUCGAAUAACACAAUCAGAACAGUCACCUGGAGGUGCAUUACAGCAUACUGGAAGUGUUUUGAGGACUUUAAGUGUGGUUUUUGCUCCUCAUCUCCCUCCAUCCUUUUGCUGCUAUGCAGUAAAUUUGGAAGGUGUGAAAGGUGUAAAAGUGAAAACCCCACUGUGAAAAUGUUACAUAUCUAUCGACUCCAAAGAUCGAUAUAAAUGAUUGUGAAUCAAGAAGCCAUUGGCCUAUUUUUUUCCAUCUGUAGAAAAAAAGAUGCCUAACCAUGUAUAUGAAAAAUGUUGCUUGGACAAUACACUUUUAUAACCAUAUUCUGCAAAAAUACAGAAGCAGUGAUAAAGAAUAGAUUUCUGUACCUACUUUUUAGGUUCAGUUAGGUUUGCACCUUGAUGUAUCUAUCUUGGAAAAGGGAUCUUAAUAAAAUAUAACCUGCAUCUUUGGGAUGCAGACUAUACUAAAUGCUGGCCUGCUUUAAAAACUUACUGAAGUAGGCCAGCUGUACUUUCAAAUCCUGACUCUAGCAGGGAAAUAGCAUGUUUAUAAAACUAAUUUAAGUAGCUGAAAGUGUGCUGCUCUGGGAAAGGAAUAAUUCAUGAAUAUAGUACCAAAGCAAUACUGACUUGUUACCUGUACUAACACCCUCCCCCCAAAUUUCCCCCUACCACAACCAACAAAAAACCUUUGUGCUGUUACUUCUAGCUAAACCAUAACUGACUUCACUACUUGUAGCAGUGGGGGUAUUUGCAGAGAAGAGGACACAGCUACUCCCCUAGCUCCUGUACAUUGGCUAUAGAUUCUAUGUAGGUUCUUAUACUGCUCUCAUCAUCAGAGCACUUGAGCAACUUCAAGUAGUUCAUGAAGCAAAUAUUAACAUUGGCUAUAUAUGAUUCAUUCUCUCUGCAGAGGGAGAAUUGUGUGUGCAGUGUAGCAUUUUGGUAAUAUUUUAGAUAUACAUACGGCUAUGUAUUUAUAUUUUCAUUGCAGGCAGCAUUAGUAGGGGCAGCAUUCACUCCUUAACCCCAUUUACAAGAAGCAGAUAUGGAACAUAAGUCUGAAGUUUAUGUUUACAAAAGUUAUUGGCUGCAGGUGGGAAUAUGCUGUAAUAUAAAUUGGCUGCAAAAUGUAUAGGCUGAUCCUAGCUAAGAUUUUUAAAAAGCUCAUUUAUCAUCAAGCAAUACCAAAUAUUAAUUGAACUGUAUGGGAUAAGUUAGUUUGCCUAAGGCAAACUGGAAAGAAUUCAUUUUAGAUUCUACUCCUGCCUUGUUUUUUUUCAGCAAAGUUGUCCUGCAGUACGAGUUUAACUUUUAACCAAGUCGUAUUUUACUAUAUCUUUUAAAAUAAAGCUGCCAUAAGUAGUGUACAGGAAUGCUUGAUUUAACCACUUACUGAAACCUGGAGUUGCAGCUGGAAAAUACAGAUGUUGCAUGCUACUGUUUGCUAGAAGAGAGGUAGGUAGAGCAUAGAGAGUGAAGGUACAUUUGUUUUUUAAGCUUCCACAGAAAGAAAGGUUACAUUUAGUUAGCAUGGCUCUUUUGUUGCUCAUUUACAAUACUUCUAUCUCCCUGACUAGUGACUCCAAAGGGAGCUGUUGUGCAGCGCUUAAUAGCAACACUGUCAAUUUGAUCAUCUUUUAAAUUAAGUCCUCUGCUAGAACACUUUAAAUGGCAUGUCCCAGUACUUUUAAUUCCAUUAAUUUCCCAUUCCCUGCUGAGAGCAGUGCCAAAACUAACUCGGGCCUUCCCAUUCUGUGCAAACUCUUCUUCACUUCCAGUUCUUCUUGUGAACACAUGCAACAUUAACAAAACAGUGAAAUGACAAUAGCAGUAUUCUCAGUCAUGCACAAAGGGAUCAUAAAAUCAUUAGUGCUGUCCACCUGAGAAUUCCCCCAUUAUUCCAGAUUCAUAGAUUCCCAGGCCAGAAGAGAACAUUGUCAUCAUCUAGUCUGACCUCCUAUAUAAACACAGGCUUUGAAACUUACCCAAAAUAAUUCUUCAAGCAUAUCUUUUAGAAAAAAUCUGAUCUUGAUUUAAAAAUUGUCAGUGAUGGAGAAUCCACCAUGACCCUUGGUAAAUUGUUCCAAUGAUUAAUUACUCACUCACCAUUAGAAAUGUACAACUUCAGUCUGAAUUUUUCUAGCUUCAACUUCCAGCCAUUAGAGCAUGUUCUAACUUUCUAUGCUACACUGAAGAGUCCAUUAUUAAUGGUUUGUUCCCCAUGUACAUACGUCUAUAUUGUAAUCAAGUCACCCUUAAAUUUCUUUUUGUUAAGCUAAAUAGAUUGAACUCCUUAAGUCUGUUAUUGUAAGGCAUGUUUUCUAAUCCUUUAAUCAUUCUUGUGCCUCUUCUCUGAAUCCUCCAAUUCAUCAAUAUCCUUCUUGAAUUGUGGACACCAGAACUGGAUGCAGUACUCCAGCACCAAUUGCACUAGUGCCAAAUGCAGAGGUAAAAUAACCUCUCUACUGCUACUUGAGAUUCCCUUUCUAUGCACCAAGGAUCGCAUUAGCCCUUUUGGUCACAGCGUUACACUGGGAGCUCAUGUUCAGCUGAUUAUCCACCACUACCCUUAAAUCUUUUUCAGAAUCACUGUUUCCCAGGAUACAGUUUCCCAAGCUGUAAGUAACCUUUGUCCGGCUUGUCCUCGUCCGUCCCUCUACGAACGCAAGUCGAUGCCAGAUCAUUCUGUUUUGUUGUGAGCAUGUUCUUUCCAUUUCUGGCCAAAGAGUCUUGUCAUGAGAUCAGCCCACUGUUUUCCCCAUCUGCCCAGCAAUCACUUCUGGUUUCUGGGGAUCUAGUCAUUGAUGCGGGUUGUCUACUUAUUGUCUUGCCUGUGGACUACCUGACCUGCCCAUCUCCACUUUGCAUCGUACAUCGCCUGUACUACAUCGGUCACCUCUGUACACCUUCUGAUCUCAUUUGGUAUAUGAUCGUGGAGUGAUAGCACAUUUACCUUUCCAUUGCUCUCUGGGUGACAGCGAAUUUUUCUUCCUCCACUUUUGUUGUUAACCAGCUUUCCGCUUCAUAUAUCAUUGCUGGCAGAACAGGGAAGUUAAACAGUUCUUUCCUUUUUUUCCCAUGGGCAGCUCAUCAUCCGUUAGAGACAUCUUUAUUUUGUUGAAACUUGCCCACCCUGCCUUUCUCCUCCUACUGCAUUCCCCUUCGAGUGAGUUGUCUCUGUUCAGCUGCUGACCCAGAUAAAUAUAUUUAUCGACCUCCUUGAUUACUUUCCCAUUUAUAGUGAUGAUUCCUGCUGCACAAUGCUCAUUCCGUAUCCUCUUCAUCUUCAGCGUGUUCACUUCCAACCUGAUAUCAUGCAAAAGUAUUUGCAGUUGCUGCAAUUUGCUCUCCAGUUCUGCAUCCUUUGCCAAUAUUACACAAUUGUUAGCAAAGAGAAGAUGUUAGAUGUUCUUCAUCAAUUCUGAUUCCUUCUUCGCAGUUCAGUUUCUUGAACAGCGACUCCAGUACUGCUGCAAACAGCUUGAUGAGAUUGUAUUGCCUUAUCUGAUUCCUCUACAUAUAGUAGUAAUGCAGGGGACGUUGAAUAAUGUAAUCUCUGUUGAACAAUUGCGGUUAAUUUCUUCUAGCAGUACCUUUUGGGUCAAUUUCAGUUGCGUUGAGCGCAUUGAGCAGAGCGUUAAUCUCUACUGAGUUAAAUGCCUCUUUGUUGUUGACAAAUGCAAUACAGAAUGGUACUUCGUAUUCCUUGUAUUUUUCCAUGAGCUGCCGAACUGAGUGGAUGUGGUCAAUUGUCGAAUACCCUGAGCAGAAACCAGCUUGUUCUCUGCUUUCAUACAUUUUAAGAUCCUUCUUAAUCCGAUUGAGUAUGACACUGGUGAAGACCUUAUACACUUGAGAAGAGUGUGAUCAAACAGUAGUUGCUCAAUUCUUCUGCGUUGUGUUUCUUCAUCAACCUGUAAAUAUGGCCUCCAUUCUUUGUUCCUACAUGUAUACAUUUAAAUUUAGCUACAUUACAAUGCAUAUUUUUUCCUUGAACAUAAUUUACCAAGCAAUCCAGAUCACUCUGGAUCAGUGGUCUGUCCUUUUUCAUUAUUUACUACUCCCCCAAUUUUUGUGUCCCCGUGCAAACUUUAUUAGUGAUGAUUUUAUGUUUUCUUCCAGAUCAUUGAUAAAAAUGUUAAAUAAGCUAGGGCCAACAGAUCCCUGCAGGACCCUUGUAGAAACAUACCUGUUUCAUGAUGAUUUCCUGUUUACAAUUAAAUUUUGAGACCUGUCAGUUAGUAAGCUUUUAAUCCAUUUAAUGUGUGCCAUGUUAAUUUUAUAUCUUUGUAAUAUUUUAGUCAAAAUAUCGUGCGGGUAUCAAGUCAAAAGCCUUAUGAAAGUCUAAGUAUAUUACAUCAACAGUACAGUAGAACCUCACAGUUACAAACACUUAGGUUAUGAACAACCUCCAUUCCCAAAGACAACUCCCACCUGUUUAUGCUCUCUGUAUGUGUGUAUAUAUAUCUCCUCAAUAUUUAUUCCACUCUAUAUGCAUCCGAAGAAGUGGGCUGUAGUCCACGAAAGCUUAUGCUCUAAUAAAUUUGUUAGUCUCUAAGGUGCCACAAAUACUCCUGUUCUUUUUUCUGAAAUGUUCGUAACUCUGAACAAAAUAUUAUGGUUCUUUCAAGAGUUUACAACCGAACAUUAACUUAAUACAGCUUUGAAACUUUACUAUGCAGAAGAAUGCUUUUAACCAUCUUAAUUUAAAUGAAACAAGCACAGAAACAGCUCCCUUACCUUGUCAAAUUUUUUAAACUUUCCCUUGUUUUUUUUAGUAGUUUGUUUACCACUGUACUCUAUUUGCAAUUUUUUUUUUGACUCUGCUGCUGCUUGAGUGCGAAAUUCCUGUUCCAAAUGAGGUGUGCGGUUGACUGGUCUGUUCAUAACUCUGAGGUUCUACUAAUUAUCUUUAUCAAUCCAACUUGUGAUCUUAUACAAAAAUAUAUCAAGUUAGUUUGACAGGCUCUAUUUUCAAGAAGCCCAUGUUGAUUGGCAUUAAUUACAUUACCCUCCU